AAAAAAAGUUCAGUGGCGUCUAUAGAGCUCCUCCGUCAGUAACAUUUCACAGACAGAGGGCCGAUAUGUAAGUGUUUAAAUUCGGAAUUAACAGGAGAAACCGCUUUGGUGUGUCGUGAGAAAACCCACGUCCGCCUCCAAGCUUGAAAGAAACUCGGGAUUGUUUGGACAACACUGGCGCGCCGAAGUUUAGUGUUCCUUGACGCGGAAGCUAACUGGCUAACCUGACUAGCUUGGAAAAUUGCUUUGGCGACUUGACAUCACAAGCAGGCUAACUUUUACUAAGCAGCCAAAAAGAACCAAUGCGGUCAAAUAUGUCCUGAAACGGAAGAAAACGAUUUGCUAGGUGGGCUGUCAAACUCUUUGAAACACAGUUCCUGUGGACCACGAGUUUCGACGCUUGUUUGAUCGUGUUUUAACACAACACUUGAUCCAGGUAACACGCAGUCGUUCAUAACCUGGGGGCUUGCAACAUUGGAUCCGCCGCCCAUUCUCCUCCUUGGGCCAGAGUCUGUGAUGGGCGCCCUGCUGAGCUCGUAGGGCGGGUGGAAGCACACUAGAUCCCCAUUAACCAUGGGAGGAUGUGUGGGGAGAUACUGGCAACGAUGGGACGACACACAGAGCAGGGGUUCCUCCAGGAACGGUGGCCGGGGAGGACGUAAUGAGCCGCUAAAGAAAGAUCGACCCAAGUGGAAGUGCGACUAUCCCAUGACCGAGGGCCAGCUGCGGAGCAAGCGGGAUGAAUUUUGGGACACGGCGCCCGCUUUUGAUGGCCGCAGAGAGAUCUGGGAUGCCUUGAAAGCCGCCGCUGUGGCUCUGGAGUGUAACGACCAUGAGCUGGCCCAAGCGAUAGUAGAUGGUGCCAGUAUCACCCUACCACACGGUACUCUGAGGGAGUGUUAUGACGAACUUGGCAACCGCUACCAGCUGCCCGUCUACUGCCUCGCUCCGCCGGUCAACCUGAUCUCAGAGCGCAGCGACGAGGACAACAGCGACAGUCCCCAGCUUCCUGCAGCACAUAAGAAAGAAUUUCAGCUGAAGGUUCGCCUUUCCACGGGUAAAGACCUUCGCCUCAGCGCCAGCAUGACGGACACUAUUGGUCAGCUAAAGAAGCAGUUGCAGGCCCAGGAGGACAUAGACACCGUCCACCAGCGCUGGUUCUUCUCAGGCAAACUUCUCACGGACAAGACGCGGCUGCAAGACACAAAGAUCCAGAAGGACUUUGUGAUUCAGGUCAUUGUCAAUCCUCAGGCUCUCCCCAAGAUGUCUUCCGCCAGCAGCAGUCAGCAGCAGCCCUGCAUCGGAAUAGCUGAGGUCAGAGAGGAGGUAGAAGCUGACUGUGGAGGUACGACGCCACAUUAGGGAAACAUUUGAUUCUAUCAUGGAUCCAGACCACCAUACUACACAUGCAUCUGCCUUUUUAUCUGCUCUAAAGCUUACCAGGUGCCAAUGGAAAACACAAGGAAGUGUUUUUGUGGACAUAUUGACACCACAAUCUUCCUUUGCAAGGGAACAGCAACAAUAUCUUUAUCCUUUUCUUUCAUUGUCGUGGAAAAAAUGUUAAUGGCGCAUUUUUUUUUUUUUUUUUUGCACAUUUGAAAAUGUUUUACUAGUUGACGUCGCUGCUUCUACGGGGCAAGACAACAAAAUAUAGUCCCUCCAGGAAUUUGCGAUGUCGCAUUUGCACCAAUUCACGCAAAUUAUGUGCGGCUUUACAACUUUGUCCAAUCCUUGCGAAUUACACGCAUAUUUUAGUCAGUCAUCGGCAUUUUUGUCGAUUUCAGUAGCGCCACAUCAUUUUAUGCAUCUCGCUAAAACCUAGAAAUGUGUGUCAAUAGGGCGUUUUGUCAUUUUUGCUAAAUGUAUUUCAGUUAUGUCCGAAAAAAUUGUUGCAUUCAACCGCAGUUUUUUGUAGCCCAAUAUUAUUUGAUGCAAAAACUUAUUCUACAUUUUUUUUUUGUCAUUGAAACCAAUUUUCUAAACCUGCUUGUCACCUUGACUUAUGAUUGCAAAGCAAUUUUUCCAUUAGUUUGUUGGCAUACAAUACGACAAUAAUCGAAUGAAAGGGGCAAUUGCAUAAUAAUAUAAUGAUUAUAUAUUUAUAUGGGGGCCUUUUGAGGUCAGCCCACGAUGAAAAUGAGUUGACACCCCUUGUCUAACCUAUCACAUGUGACCCAGCGUCCAUUGUCUUCUUGUGUUGUCUAGACCAGGAGCAGCCACGUGUAAUAUCUCAACUCUUUAUUUUCGUUACUCACAGCUCAGACUCACUGCGCUAAGCUUUUUGGGUAAUGUAAUAUAUAAACAUUUAGCAUAAUCAAUAACGUCCUCAUUUCUGUGUUUGCAUUGACAGAAAUAUUGACAUGUGAUGAUUGCUAAUUGCCCUUUAUUUACCAAUAAACAUCUCAGCAGUAAAUUGUUUGCCAAUGUUCUCAAUGAAAGCAUUGUGUCGGAACAUAAAUGAAAGCACUUUGGACUUUAAAAUAUACGCGGACGACAGAGCAGACAGCAGACAAUAAAGCAACCUUUAGUGGUGGUUGUUUUUAUAACCGUUAUUUGACAAUGGGUUUUCGAGAUAUGUGCUUUACUGCCGUCUAUUGUCUAACGUCAGUAUUUGUUUUCCAAACGGUGCUCACAUUUGUGAGCUUAAGGUUACAAACUUACAAGAACUCAGAAAACUUUGAUAACAAAUUCAUAAAAUCACAAGCUGAUGCUAUGUUAUUGGAAAGUGUAAGCCUCAAACUAGCAACUUUACCUGCUAAAUAUGGCAUUAUAGGCCGCAACAGACGGGAAAAAAAAAAAAAAUCCCGCAAAAUCCAGGAGGGACUGAAAAAGAUUUGAGAAAGAUGGGUUGAUUUCUCGGCCUUAGAUCAGUCUAAGCUAUGCUGCCUUUGUCAUGAUUUCUUGCUAUGAAAUCAUUGUAUGUGUGGAGGAAUUUAUAAUAUUGCAUAUCUUAUUCAGGAACUGUAGUAGCUUAUUCAGCAAAUCAACUAUACCUAUCUAUAUAAUGUUAACAGCUGCUGAGUCAGAUGCUGAUGCUACCAAAGGUCAUUAAAAAAAAUAUUUUAAUUUUUCCUCUCAACAAGUCCAGUAAUUAAUCCCUUUAAUCCAUCUCCAUCUCCAGUGUAGAAAGUCUUUCCAUUAUUCAUUACACAGAAGCCUUACAAGAACGUUUUAUAUAAGAUAGGAUUCAGAAUUUGACUACAUUUUCUAGAUCAGUUAAUCCGUUUUAUUCUUAAUGGGUAUGAAGAAUCUCUCAAUGUUCUGAACUUCUAUUUUGAUUGGUGCAAUUUACUGUCAAGCUGUCAUGCUAGCAAUAUGUUAGAAGCACGCAUGGCCUAAUUAUAGGGACUCCAGACAAAUGCGGACAGCUACAAAUAAAUUUGGAUGGCCACAAAUAGAUUGUGUGCUUCCAAUUCACCCAAGCUCACAUUCUAACACAUCUGGUCUGCCAGAGAAUAAAGACAGAACCGUAGGGGUAAUACUCAUUUAAAAGCACUCAUACAGUAGGUGGCUGCGUCUUGUUUAGCGACCUGAGAAAAAUAUAUUUGUAUUCCUAAAUGUAUUUUUUUUGUCUUAUUUUUUACUCCCUUUUUGGCAAAUGCAUCAAAGUCGAUUAUGCAAAUGUGACGAUGGCGUCGCCGCGUCACCCAAAUAGAUUGCAGUCCUGUGGGAAACCCUGAGAUGAAAUGGAGGCUUUAGUUCUGCUUCCUGUUAGCAGAUGACAGUGGAACAUUCUUAGAGUGACUUUAACUGGAAGGCAACAUUUUUUUACCACCUCUCCCCUGUUUGCUACAGUAGCUGUAGCAACAUCAAAGAGAAUGAAAGAAGGAGCUUUAUUGCUAUCAAAUAGCUAUCAGGUCAAUUCUUCAAGCUGGAAAAAAAGCCCUCAUGUGACCACACUUGAACUUCAGAGUCAGUGCAAUGCAAGUGUCGGACUCAAUUUUCUACUUUUUUGCUGUGCAACAUAUAAUGUAAUGAAUAAUCUACCAUUAACAUGUCAGUACAAUCUUGGCCACAUCAUGACUGUUUGUUUCUAUUUGUGUCCUAUUCAGCAAUGCAGUGUUUCUGGGUAUGUGUCUAGUUCUUACUCUGCUAACUUGAACACACAUGUUCUCUCUAUGUGCAAUACAUUAUAGACAUAGGCCACAUAUUUUGGUUUUUGAUCCUGAUUGUAGAUUAUAUAGAACACUGUCUGUUAAUGUGAUUUAUCCUUAAUGCAGGAACAACAACUCUUCUAUAUGUUAAUCAUCCUGCCUGUUUGACAUUUUGUAUAUUGUGCCCCAGGCCUCUUGUCCUUGCUCUUUUAUCUUUUACAAAUUAAAUAUCAGAAAUACUAACAUGUCUAACUUUGUUUUGUUUUGAGUUUUUGUGUACCAACACUUAAUGUUUUUUUUUUUUUAAAGCCCUUUUGAUAUAAUUUAAAUACUGGUAAUUAAUUACUCAUCUGCAAAAAAUAGGACUUUAACCCGCUUUUCCACCUUACUUUGGAUUAAAUUUCACCAAAAUUAACAAUAUCCGUAUAACGUGACAAAAGUAUUUAAAAUCUUUUUUAGCUAAUAUAAUUCAAAAUACUGGCAGUUUAUUCAAAUCAUAUGAAAAAAUUGUAAUUUAAAUGUAUAUUCAAACAAGAAAGGUUUUUUUUUCCUUUACAUUAUUGUCAUUUUUUGUUUGUAUUUUUUUAAACUUGUAUUUAUUUAUUUUUUUUUGGGGGGGGGGUAAGUUUCUGUUUCUCAGU